AUGGGCGGGGCCGAGAUGGAUAUCCGCCCAAUGGGAAAGGAGCCCGGGAGCUGCGGUGGGAAAGUGAAACUGAAAGUUCUCCGCCGGAUGACGCGUUUGCGGGGGAGGGGAGGGGAAAGUCAGUGGCUCUGGAGGAGGGGAAUCACAGCCCUGGUUUUUUCUCCUUUCCUCGCUCCUUCUGCGCAGAACGUCUCCUUUGAGCUCCGUCCCAGGGAGGUGGUGGCGCUGGUGGGUCUCAACGGCAGUGGGAAGAGCACCUGCGUGGCACUACUGGAGCGCUUCUAUGAGCCCCAGUCUGGGGAGAUCCUGCUGGACGGGGUCCCGAUCCGGGAUUAUGAGCACAAGUACCUGCACAGCAAGGUGGCGCUGGUGGGACAGGAGCCGGUCCUCUUCUCUGGGUCCAUAUGGGACAAUAUCGCCUAUGGGGUGCAGGAUUGCAGCCAAGAAAAGGUGGCGGCUGCGGCAAGAGAAGCCAACGCCUUAGGCUUCAUCAAUGAGCUGGAAGGAGGGUUCGCCGCAGAUGUCGGGGAGAAGGGAGGCCAGCUGUCCGCAGGGCAGAAGCAGCGCCUGGCCAUCGCUCGAGCCCUGAUCCGGAACCCCAAGGUCUUGGUGCUGGAUGAGGCCACAAGUGCUCUGGAUGUGGAGAGCGAAGCUGCCAUCCAGCAGUCACUGAUGAGCGGCCAGGCCAGGGCGGUGCUGGUGAUCGCUCACCGGAUGCAGACGGUGGAAAACGCGAACAGGAUCGUCGUCCUGGAGGGUGGGGAGGUUGUGGAGGAGGGGACGCACUCUGAGCUGAUGAGCCGGAGGGGCCCCUAUUACCGCCUGGUGCAAAGGAGCCAGGCUGAGUGACCUCCGCCCAGGAGGGGGCAGGGCUGUCAGUAACUUCAUCCUCUGGGCUGAGUGGUCUUCUGGGAUCCCCCUCUUGAGGUGGUCAUGUGUGUGGCAUAACUGCGUUUAGAAGGGGGUCUCUGUGCCUUCUGCCGAGUGGGACCUUGGCCCACAGCCCCAAAUUCCUGCCAUGAUGGGGCUCCUAAGAGACUCACCUAAUUGGCUGAUCCCUUCCGAGUGCAGAAACUCUGGCUUAGCAAGAAAAGUGGGUGUGAGCCCCACUUUGGAGACAGAUGAAGUGGGGUGUGAAAAGGACUGUGUAGCACCCCUUGUAAUCACUAUGCAGCUGUUAAAUAGCAGACAAUUUGGAGUAUCGGUAUUUGCCCCAGGAGAACUUAAGCUGUGACUUUGAAAGUCUUGUUCCCAAGCUCCCAUUUUUGAAGCUCCCCCCCCAAGCUUCUUUCCAAGUAGCAUUCCGCUCAGAAGCCCUACUGAGUUCAAUAGGGCUUACUCCUAGGUAAGGAUUUCAUCUUGAGUUGCUUAAAUAAGGAGUCUGGGUUCUUUCCCAAUCCUGUCUCUUGGUUCUGUAUGUCUUAGGUGUUUCUGAGUGUGUUGUAAAAAUAUCUUAAGGCACUUUUGGUCUCUUGCUGUUGAUUGUCCAGGACUAUGAUGGCAUGAAAGUGGCAUUUUGUAAAAUAAAAUGUGUGCAUAUGAUAA